GAGUCCGCCGGCAGCACCUCCCCAGCCCGCGGCGAGGCUGUAGCCGAAAGCAGCGCCUGGGACCAUGGGGAGCAGCAAGAGCAAGCCCAAAGACCCGAGCCAGCGCCGGCGCAGCCUGGAGCCCGCGGAAAACACCCACCAUGGGGGGUACCCAGCCUCGCAGACACCCAGCAAGGCGGCUGCUCCCGACGCCCACCGCACUCCCAGCCGCUCCUUCGGGACCAUGGCUGCUGAAUCCAAGCUCUUUGGAGGCUUCAACACCUCGGACACGGUCACCUCGCCGCAGCGUGCCGGGGCGCUGGCUGGGGGAGUCACCACCUUCGUAGCCCUCUACGACUACGAGUCCCGGACUGAAACAGACUUGUCCUUCAAGAAAGGAGAGCGCCUGCAAAUCGUCAACAACACGAGAAAAGUGGAUGUCAGGGAAGGUGACUGGUGGCUGGCUCAUUCCCUCACUACAGGACAGACGGGCUACAUCCCCAGUAACUAUGUCGCGCCCUCAGACUCCAUCCAGGCUGAAGAGUGGUAUUUUGGGAAGAUCACUCGCCGGGAGUCCGAGCGGCUGCUGCUCAACCCCGAAAACCCCCGAGGGACCUUCCUGGUCCGGGAGAGCGAGACCACGAAAGGUGCCUAUUGCCUCUCUGUGUCCGACUUUGACAACGCCAAGGGGCUCAACGUGAAGCACUACAAGAUCCGCAAGCUGGACAGUGGCGGCUUCUACAUCACCUCCCGCACCCAGUUCAACAGCCUGCAGCAGCUGGUGGCCUACUACUCCAAACAUGCUGAUGGCUUGUGCCACCGUCUCACCAACAUCUGCCCCACGUCCAAGCCCCAGACCCAAGGCCUUGCCAAGGAUGCCUGGGAAAUCCCCCGGGAAUCGCUGCGGCUGGAGGUCAAGCUGGGACAGGGCUGCUUCGGAGAGGUGUGGAUGGGGACCUGGAAUGGCACCACCCGGGUGGCCAUCAAGACACUGAAGCCUGGCACCAUGUCCCCAGAGGCUUUCCUGCAGGAAGCCCAGGUCAUGAAGAAGCUCCGACACGAGAAGCUGGUUCAGCUCUACGCUGUGGUGUCAGAGGAGCCCAUUUACAUCGUCACCGAGUACAUGAGCAAGGGGAGCCUCCUGGACUUCCUGAAGGGUGAGAUGGGCAAGUACCUGCGGCUGCCCCAGCUUGUGGAUAUGGCUGCUCAGAUCGCAUCUGGCAUGGCCUAUGUGGAGAGGAUGAACUACGUCCACCGGGACCUACGGGCAGCAAACAUCCUGGUGGGGGAGAACCUGGUGUGCAAAGUGGCUGAUUUUGGCUUGGCCCGACUCAUCGAGGACAACGAGUACACGGCUCGGCAAGGUGCAAAGUUCCCCAUCAAGUGGACGGCCCCUGAAGCAGCUCUGUACGGCAGGUUUACCAUCAAGUCAGACGUCUGGUCCUUUGGCAUCCUCUUGACCGAGCUGACCACCAAGGGCAGAGUGCCAUACCCAGGAAUGGUGAACCGGGAGGUGCUGGACCAGGUGGAGCGGGGGUACCGCAUGCCCUGCCCGCCCGAGUGCCCCGAGUCCCUGCACGACCUCAUGUGCCAGUGCUGGCGGAAGGACCCGGAGGAGAGACCCACCUUCGAGUACCUGCAGGCUUUCCUGGAGGACUACUUCACCUCGACAGAGCCCCAGUACCAGCCUGGAGAGAACCUAUAGACGUGGGGCUCCUCCUGGCACCAGGGACGCUGCUGUCCUCACCGCGAGGCGCCGAGGGUUGGCCUCCCCACUGAGGGGCUGUGUUUGUGGAGCAGCCCUGGAGCAGGACAGGGCAUUAUCUCCAGAUGCAGCCAGGGGAGCCCCCAUCGCUCAUUAAGACUUCUGGCCCGUGUUUAACGAAGUGACGCCAUUCUGCUGGCGAGAGGAGCCUGUGGGAACCAACAGAGCCAGCUCAGGACGGCAAGCAGAGCAUCUCCUGCCAAGAGACCUGGGUUUUGGGAGACUUUUUUCCCCCACAGCUCUGGGGUGAGCCAGGAGGAAUUGGGGGACAGCCAUCACCCCACCUCAGACACAUGGUCCCAGUCUCCUGCAACCCCUUUAUAAAUCAGCACAAAUUUCCCUGUCCCUUCACCCUCCCUACCAUCUCCCUCUAGGCUCUGGCUCUCCUGAGGCUGCUGGCAGGGGUGUUUUGCCACAGGGGUGUCACAAUUCCAGGCUGGCUUGAAUGGGGUGAUGUGCCAGGGUGGUGGUGGCAGUAUGGGAUGACAGCAGAACUCUGGUGGUCCCUAUGGCCUCACCAUGACCUUAACAGCUGGUGGGUUCUGGGACUCUGAAAUGUGACAUCUCUAGGCUCUGGUGACCAACAUUUUCCCAUCAGAGCACUCGGGCACAUAAUCAAAUCUUCCAGCUAUGUCUGUUCCCCCAAGGGAAACAUCUCACCUCUCUGGGGAGCAGGACUGGGGAUGCCAGCAGAGAUCUCACCCUGCUGAGCUUUCUCCCACCACAUGCUCCAGGUCUUCCAGCCAGACCCUUGGGAAGUACCUCCAAGCCACCCUCCCCAGUUCUGCCACCAGCUUUCCCACCAGCAGAGUCCCCUGGGCUGGCCCUGCCACCAAAUCCAGUGCCACUGUGGUGCUUGGGUGCACGGCCCAUGUAGCUGUUCUGGGUGUGGGAAUGUUUUGGAGGAAGUACUCGACUUUCACAGAUGGUUUUGUCCACCUGGUAUGUUUUUAGCUGCCUUCCCUCUACCCACAGUGUCCCAGCUUCCAGGCAGCAGUCCCCAUGCAGCAUCCCAGCCACAUACCCCCAUCUGGAAGUGCUGUGCCACAUUUGCAUCCUCAUCUCCCCUCUGCUUGUUCCCAAAGGCCUCAGCUGUGUCUCAGCUCUGGUGGCUAUUCCUGCUUAGCUUUGUCCCACACACAUCCCGUGGGGCUGAUCCCUGGCCUCGGCAGGGCAACACUCAUUCCCUGUCCUCUCCCACCCAGCACCUGCUUGUACAUAACCCCUGAGUGAUCCCUGCACCAUCCCAGACCUUGACUUCAUUGCAUGUGUCAGUUUUCCCUCUCCUGUGGCUGUACCCAGCUGGAAACCUUUCACCAUGGUGGUUCACAAAGCUUCACUCCUUCACCUCCUGGGUCCCAGAGACCCCUGCUCAGAGAGACCUGGGGGUCUUUGGAUGCUCUCCUGGAGCACGGUGGGUUGGGGGCUCGGGGGAUGCUGUGGGGCAGGAGUGCUGGAGGGAAGGACCCAGAGAGGGGAGCCAGUGGCUGUGUCCUCCUCUCAGUCCUCAGGCAAUGGGCUUUCUGUGCCUCCCCAUCACCUUUGGGACAGUUUGCCUCUGGCACAGCCUCCUUGCAGACCCAGCUCACCCCUCAGCAGCCCCUGCCAUAGUGCCAGUGUCCUAGAAAAGCUGGGUGGGAGCCAAACAUGGGCAGGAGGUGGCCAAAACCCCUGCCCCAGAUCUCCACCAGAGCAGGACCCGGGUAAGCCACUGCCUGUCACUCACCCACUCCCACAGUGCCCUGGUGUAGUUUGACCCAGCCACUUAUUUAUGAACCAAGUACAUGGUUGGUUGUUUGGUGGCUCCUUUUUUAAUGAGUAAAACAUUUAAAAUCA